AAUCUUUUGUCAUGGAUGGUACAUUCCUGUGCUGGUGUUGCGUUGGUCCAGUCGUGGCUUGCCUUAACCACGGUCUAAAAAGACGUUCAUGUCUUACCCACGACGGGACCAUCUCGUGACACGCAGCUUAACACGCCCGUGUCGUCCCGUGUGUGGUGUGUGGUUUUACCCACACCCCGUACCUCGGUGACAAUAUAUAGCUGCUUAGCUACAGCAUGACACGCCACCUUCAGACCUCUGCCUCCCCUCCUCGUCCUCUCCCUGUGGGGUUAUUAUCCUCGUGGACGCCAAAUGGGAGGGACCAAAGUGUGCAUCACCUCCGUGGAACAACAGGCCAGUCUGGAUCGCCAUGAGACAUGACUUUCCGUGCGAAUAUUUAAGUUGAUCCUGGUGGUUGUGGACUAGCUGACAGCGCUUGUUGACAUUGGAGCUGACACAGAAGCUUGUACUUGGAACCACAAUGGCGAGUCCUGAGGAUGACAUUGAACAACCCUAUCAAGCUUCUGCCGCCCAAAUCCUUGAGAGAAGACGCUUCUCUCGUGACCUUCGCAAUCUGGGUCAAGAUGAGAUAGACAGUCUGUUAUCCAGCAGUGAUGGUCGUCCUUUCAGUGUGGUGCACCAUCUUCCAGAACUAAAGGAGGAGGGUAUACCUUACCUAAUACCCGGUGUGCCUAUCACAUGCAGAGUGAACAACACAGAGAAAUACACCACUCGCUCAAAGGUCCAUGUAGGGACUCUGUACACGGUAAUACUAACUCAUGGGCCAUUCCACUGGACGGUGAAGAGGAAGUACAAGAACUUCCAGGAAGUGCAUCGAGACCUCUACAACCACCGGAUGAUGAUUCACUUGCUGCCUCUGGGAAGAUUUGCAAAGGAGAGGCAGCAGCUGAGAGCCAUGUCGGAGGAAAUGCCCAGUCUACAUGGGACUGAACGGACCAGAAGGACUUCCAGCAAAAUGAAAUACCUUGAGGAGUACUUGAAUGGUCUACUGGAGAACAGGUUCUGUAGGAGUCACCGCAGUAUGCUGGAGUUUCUGUCAGUCGGCGCUCUAUCUUUCGUUACCGAUCUUGGGCCCAAAGGCUUGGAAGGACCCAUUUUCAAGAGGUCAGGGGGUCACCGCAUCCAAGGUCUGAAUUGCAUCGGCCAUCAUCAAUUCUGCUUCCGCUGGUCUCGCCGCUGGCUGGUGGUGAAAGACUCUUUCCUGUUGUACAUGAACCGAGACAAUGGCAGCAUCAACUUUGUGUUGCUGUUUGACCCAGAGUUCAACGUGAAAGUGGGCCGUGCUUACUCAGGCACUAAAUAUGGAGUCUGCAUCGAAAACUUCACUCGGAAUCUGAUUAUCAAAUGCAGUAGCUACAGACAAGCACAUUGGUGGAGUCAUGAAAUCAACCGGUUAGCAGCAACCUGUGAUUUUCUCAAAGUGCAACGCUUUGAGGGGUUUGCUCCUCCACGGGACAACACGCUCACUAAAUGGUAUUUGAAUGGAAGUGGCUUCUUUGCCGACCUUGCUGAUGCACUUGAACAAGCUAAAGAAGAAAUCUUCAUCACAGACUGGUGGCUCAGUCCAGAAAUAUUCCUGAAGAGACCAGCGACCGAUAACUUCUGGCGCUUGGAUCAACUACUAAAACGCAAAGCAGAACAAGGAGUCAAAGUGUGUGUUCUGCUUUACAAAGAGGUAGAGCUCGCACUUGGCAUCAAUAGCGAGCACAGUAAGAGGACUCUCAUGGAUAUGCACCCAAACAUUAAGGUAAUGAGACAUCCUGACCAUGUGUCAUCUGUGGUGGUCCUGUGGGCUCACCAUGAAAAAAUGGUGGCCAUUGACCAAACGGUUGCUUUUGUGGGAGGAAUCGACCUGGCAUUUGGAAGGUGGGAUGACAGCCAGUAUCGGUUAACUGACCUCGGCUCGACAGACACUGCUGAGAAAGGGACAGAGAAGGAGCUACCCCAAGUAGAUGCAGAUGAGAAUGGUGUGGCCGUAUCAAUGCCAUCUGAUAGCCAAAAACAGGAGCUUGUGGACCUGACAGGCAACACCCAACUGUGGCUUGGCAAAGACUACAGCAACUUUAUUAGGAAAGACUGGGUCCAACUGGACAGACCGUUUGAGGAUAACAUCGACCGUACUAAGGUUCCACGUAUGCCAUGGCGCGACCUGUCAUCAGCGCUUCACGGAAGUGCUGCUAGGGAUGUAGCUCGUCACUUCAUCCAGCGCUGGAACUUCACCAAGAUCUUCAAAAACAAGUACAAAGACGAUUUCUACCCUUACCUUCUCCCUAAAUCUCAUUGUACUGCUGACAGACUCACAUUCACUGUUCCUGGGUCCCAGAAAGCCAAAGUACAGGUGUUACGUUCUGCAGAUCGUUGGUCGACUGGAACUUGUGAGAAUUCGAUCCUCAAUGCCUACGUCCACACCAUCGAAAACAGUCAGCACUACAUCUACAUCGAGAACCAGUUCUUCAUCAGCUGUGCCGAUGAUAAGACGGUCUAUAAUGGGAUCGGGGAUGCCAUUGUGAACCGAAUCCUGCGGGCUUACAGAGAGCAAAAGAAGUAUAGAGUGUAUGUGGUAAUCCCUUUGUUACCUGGAUUUGAAGGAGACAUCCGUACUGGAGGAGGAAAUGCCAUUCAAGCCAUUCUUCACUUCACUUACAGGACUAUAUGCCGUGGGGAACAUUCCAUCCUGUCAAGACUAAGUGAAUUGGAGGACCGGUGGACAGAAUACAUCACAGUCUGUGGGCUGAGAACAAAGUCUGAACUCUCCCAGUCGCUUGUGACAGAACUCAUCUACGUUCACAGCAAGACCCUUAUCGCUGACGACCGCUGCUACAUAAUCGGAUCGGCCAACAUCAACGAUCGCAGCAUGCUGGGUAGCCGAGACAGUGAGCUGGCGGUGUUUGUGGAAGAUGAAGACAGAAUCCCGUCCAUAAUGGGAGGGGAGGAGUACGAAGCAGGACCUCUUGCGCUUGCUCUGCGCAAAGAGUGUUUCAGUGUUCUUGUUGGAGUUACAUCAGAUGCCGACAUCAACAUUGAGGAUCCAAUCAGUGACAACUUCUUCUUCUUGGUGUGGAAUUCAUCAGCCAAACUGAAUGCCACUAUUUACAACAAGGUCUUCAACUGCCUACCAUGCAACUCUGUCCACAAUAUGCAAGAGCUGAAGGAGUACACUAGCAAGGAGCGCCUCUGUGACACAGACCCUGAACAGGCUGUUGAGGAGCUCAAAGCUGUCAGAGGACUAAUGGUCCACUUCCCCCUAAAGUUCUUGUGUGAAGAGAACCUGCUGCCUCCAUUGAACACCAGAGAGGGCAUAGCCCCUGUUGGCCUGUGGACUUAGUUGCAGUCACAUUUUCAGGGCUCUGGUAUUAUCAUAGCUAACAUUCUGCCCAAUUCAAUUAAAUAGUGGCAGUCUUGGAAAUUCAAUGGUGACAUAAGCCAACUUCACAAGAACCGUGUUUUAGUAGAUUUUUUGACUGACACUUUGUGAGACUAUUAAACUACCGUAAUUUCCGGACUAUAAGCCGCUACUUUUUCCCCUCGUUCUGGUCCGUGCGGCUUAUACAAGGGUGCGGCUUAUUUACGGCCUGUUCUUCUCCGACACCGACGAAGAGGAUUUCGGUGGCAGGAAGAAGACGAUGACACAAUGAUUAAAGACUGACUUUUCAUAUACCGGUAGGCUGGUUAUUUUGAUAACAUACAGGUGAGCACUUAGUAUUACUUUGCACCGUUGUAUUAUUUGUACUCUGCACGAAUGCUGUUCGCCAUGUCAAAGAUGUGAAAGUUUGAUUGAAUGAUUGAAAGAUUUAUUGUUAAUAAAUGGGACGCUUUGUGUUCCCAAACAGUCA